AUGGCUCGACUUCGAGUUCCUGCGUCGCCAGUCAAGGCUCGCCCAGCGCCUUCUGCUUAUGCAGCAGUCAGUAACGAGACAGUCGACCGUCCUGACCAUUCUGGCAUAGAGACUGAGCCUCAAGUCGCUGUUGAUACGCACUCUGCGCGCCCCAAACGCAAUACCUUCCGCUCCACCUUCGAUUACCAGUCCCAAUAUCCUAUCAAAGGCGCUGUGAAGACCCUGGAUCCAAUAAGCCGGACUACAACGCAGAAUAUACAAGGGUACAUUGUGGGACAGUACAAGGCUGUCGAAAAGGUGGGCCACGAGUAUAUCAACCGGACUGGUACCAAGGCUAUCCUCUUCCUUGGGCGAGAAGGGGAGGAGGACGAGCGAGAGGAAGAAACUGAGCCACUGGACGAAGCCAUGAAGGCCGACUUGGAUACGUACGUGAAUGAAGAGCAAGAUGCAGAUCGGUCAUGGCGUGGGGUGCGCGACUUCUUGCAGAAGGAUAUGACGCUCAAGACUGGGGCGUCCGCAGAUACAAGGGCGCCCUCCCUCGCUCGAUUUGUCGAGAACGCAGUCGUCGAUGACCCUGAUUCAGGCUUCGACUCAGAUUCAGAAGACGAUGAAAUCGGUCUCAGCCAGAAGAUCGAGCGUGCCAUCUCAACCUUUGCUAAGAGAAUUGAGGAAAAUGAGAAUGAUCUGGAAGAUACAAUCACUAUAAUAACGACCAACAACCAUGUCGGCCACCGGCCAACUUUGCUAUUACCUCUUGAGGCGGUUGAAAUCCCCUAUCCUUGUAAACCCAUGCAGAAUUCUGGACUCCGUCGACAUAGCGGCGGCAGGUCACUUGCGUUCCUCAUUGCUCACGCUAGCGAUAUCUCAUCUUCCCGUGAUGAAGACGAGCGCUCGCCUUCUCGGUCGCUGACCUUGUCCCCUUCGCCUUCUUCAUCGCCAUUUGUGUCAUCCAACGCAGGUACCUGGGGCUUGUCAGCGGAUGACGCACUGGAUAUGCUGCGCCAGCGCUUCCGGAUGGUACACUAUGCUGGUGGUGGCACGAGUUGCUAUUUUCGGGAUUGGCUAGAUGCAAAAUUCGACUUGAGGUGUAGCAUGGUUUAUGGCCCAUCGCUGUUGCGAUUCGCAACGAACUGCUAUGAGGAUGAGGAGCUGGAACACUCCAAGGAUGCGAAUGAUAUCAUACACGCCAAUCAACGCGAUGUCCGUGUCCGCACUUCGCCCUCCAAGGAUACAUUGAAUACCAAACCGUCCAUUCGGACGUCACUGUUCUCGAAAUGUACUUCUGCAACAUCCAUGUCAUCAUACCGGAACAGCCGUCCGCAGUCCACACAGACUGAGAAUGAACAGUGCAUCCUGAGCCUAACUAUUCUUCCCACAAAAGACUGGUAUGGUGAGCUGCGAGUAAAAGAGAUUGCGCAGUCAGGUGUAUCGCUUCCGACAUCUGCUAAGGAUUCCGGAGAUAUGUCGCAUUUGACCAUGGCCGACGACAUGUGUGACGUUCAGCUAGAGUGUGACGAGACGGUCGAGUUCUAUAACGAUAUCUCCACUGAUUCUGGUUACGAUUCGGAAUCUACAAUUGCGGCCUGCAACACACCUAAGCGUUUAUAUCAUAAGCGGGCGAGCAUGGUGAAACAUAGUUUUCAAAUGAUUCCAAAGAAGACAAAGCAGGCUAUACGCAACUGUGUUAAAGCUACAAAGAAAUUUUCGCGCACAGCUUGGACCUUCGUACUAGCUGCGUUAUCGAGCCGACAACCGUUCCAGAAGAUCGGCAGCAUUAUCUAA